AUGCAGCCACUAAUCGCCCCUCCCACAGGAGGCCCCUCGGUUGUGGCCAUGGACGUCACUAGCCAAGCAUCUGGCGCUGUCCAACGAUCCCUCAACGGCGACCCGACAGCGGCAACGACUGCCUACACACCCGAGAGCCAUGGCGAAGCUGUUCGCGCACUGUCGGUCCUGGCAGAUGGCAAGCUGGCUGGUGACUUGAUCAAGGCUCACGUCUCCCAGCUUGCAAACUCAUCGACUCCUACCCUGUCUCAGACUUUCGCGACCGGCACUCAUGCCGCCGAUAUCCUGGCAGUCGGCCUUGCGGCCCUCGAUGCAUUCCUCCAGGCAAACGUCACUGGCCCCGUCCUCCCCACCAAUCUCAUCUCUUCCAUCGAGGACCGCUUCGCCAAUGCCUGGAUCGCAUCCUGCGAACAAGGCUCCCACAGCACUGCCCCAUCCACUGCCAUCCAGAACCUCCGCAGAGCCUGUAUCGCAGACCUCGAUGUGGACGGUGUUGCCCCCUACAGCCACAUCCCGUACUUGGAACUCUUCUCCCUUGCGAGAUUUGUCAUCCUAUAUGCCCUAGCCAGUGAGAGCAGUCAGAUCGUUAUAGAUGCGUCACCACAGGGCACCAGAUGCAGUAUCGGUUGGACGAAAUUGCGAGUCAAUGUCUGGCACUACAAGCUGCUCACGCAGCCUAGUCUGGGUCGUGGCUCCAACUUCACCAAAAGCUCCCAGUGGAGCGACGUGCCCACCUUGGCCUCGACCAUUCUCGACUCCAUGGAUGCCUUGUCUGGCCAUGUUUGUGGCGACCAGGUCUUGUCGACUGCCGAGAUCUGGACUCGAGAGGAAAAGACGCAUUUCCUCGUCGAGGCGGCCAACAACUACAUCUUGCUUGGUUACCAUGACAAGGCGCAAAGGACGCUCAAAGAGGCGGCGCAGACUAGCGGUCUGGAGUACGCUCUGUCGGGCGCGCUCGGUAAAAGGACAAGGUUUCAGGAGAAGAGCACCAGCCAGCUUGUUGUUCUUGCACGCAGUGGGGGAAACGCCGUCUCAAUAGAAAAUAUACAAGAAGACGCCAAGCCUGACGCGCUGCCGCUCAACAAUGACACCCUCUUGGAGCAAAUCCACUUUACCAAGGAGAGCGACGGGACUGAAGCCGAGGCCGCUGCGCUGCCGCCGGGUCUGGCCGACUUAUCUCCAGAUGGCCAGCCACAGUUGUCUCCACUGGACCAGAUCAUCCUCCUGACGGAAGCCACUAUUAAGGAUUCUUUCUCGCCCGUCGACACCCUGACCUCGGAAGAAGUGCUCCCGUUUGCCGUACGGGUCUUGACCGACAAGUCGACCAACUGGCAGAUUUAUACCCAAGCGUUGCUGGUCCGGUCGAGGAUAGAGCUUCACAGAAGCAGGACCUUGGAGCGUGGAGUACUCCAGCUCCAAGCAGUGGCCGAUCAAGUCCUCGCCGACACUUCAAGUGCAACAAAGCAGCCGGAGAAACCCGCCGAGGGGGGAUCUGGGACCCCAGAUGUGCCGGACAUUCAAGUGACAGCACCUGGAAGCGAAACGACAACAGCCAACAGCCAGACUCCUGCAACCUUCCUUCCCGCACCCAAGGUGUCCGAGUCGGCCCCGGCUCAUAUACGCCUUCGAUAUAUCCAUGCUCUUUCCACCCCUCCGCGCUGGCAUCUAGAAUCUGAGCUUGCCUACGCGUGGGCUGGUGUCGGGUCUCUAACCUCUGCGCUCGAGAUCUUCAAACGCCUGCACCUGUGGGCCGAAGUCGCUCUCUGCCUGGCCAGCUCGGCUGCCUCCGACGACGAGCAAGGGAGGGGCAGCGGCGGUGAAGAAAAGGCCAAGGCCAUUAUCCGAUGGCGGCUCUUCCACCGAACCGGAGAUGAGGCCCCGAAAACGACUGACCCAGAUGACGAAGGGAUACAGGAUGUGACGCUCCUCAAGCCCGGUGACUACGCGGGCCCCGAGAGAACGCCGCCGCCGCCAAACGCCCCUCGACUCUGGUGUAUUCUCGGUGACCUCGAGGACGACCCUGGCUAUUAUGAGCGGGCAUGGGAGAUUUCCAGCCAUCGUUUCGCCCGCGCCCAGAAGUCUCUUGGCGAGCAUUACCUGCAACGUCAAGACUGGCGCAAGGCCCGCGCGGCAUACAAGAUUGCUACGGCCGUUAAUCGCCUCAGCCCCGAGAUGUGGGGCCGUCUCGGCGACAUCAGCUUGCGUCUCGGCCUGUUUGACGAAGCCGCUGAGGCGUACGGCCGCUCCAUCGGCAGCUCGACGGACAUGGCGGGUGGCGAGGACGCGAGGACAUGGAGCAAUCUGGGAAGUGCUCUAUGGAGCUUGUAUUGCGAGGUGGCCGCCGACGCCAGAAACGGCAACGACAAAGUCGACUCUGACCCCGUGGAAGCUGAAUGCGACGAGGGCGAGGCCGGUGCCCAGGCAACCCCCGGGAUUUCGCGCGAUCCCGGCACUCUCCUGUCCCAGUCUCUGGCUGCGUACAAAAAGGGCGCGUCCAUUGCCCACGAUAAUUGGCGCAUCUGGGACAACGUCCUCACCCUCGCAGCCCGCAUGGAACCCCCCUCGGUGGCCGACAUUGUCCUCGCCUUCAAACACGUGCUGCGCAUCCGCCAAAGCGAAGACGCCAUCGACACGGACGUGCUCUCGGCGCUGUUGCAGGACGUGGUCCUGACCAAGGACAAGGACGCUGGCAGCGGCGUCUACGAGCCCCCGCGAGGUUCCAUGGAGCGGCUCGUGACGCGGCUCCUCGAAGACGACAUUGUGCCGCUCAUCACGCAGCGCGCCGAACUGUGGGCCCUCGUGGCGCGCCUGCGCACCUGGCGGCGCGAUCACGCCGGCGCCAUCGACGCCUCGGAGAAGGCCUGGCGCGCGGCUGUCGGGGCGUCGGGCAGCGGCCUGCUGCCGGGCGAGUCGGCGGCCGCGUCAUCGUCGGACUGGGCGACGGGCGACGACGAGGCGGCGUGGGCCGAGGUAGUCAAGCGUACCGACGAGCUCGUCUCGGUCCUCGAGAACUGGGGCCCCGGGGCCGAGUGCCGGUGGCGCGGCAAGGCCAGGAGCGCGGUGCGCAGCGUCAUGGGCCGCGCGAGGGAGCGCUGGGAGGGUAGCGAGGGGUGGGCGACGCUCGAGGCCGUCAUGGAGGGACUCAAGCGGGACAAGUAA